UCCGCGAAAGCCUGAAACACGAGCAUAAAAAGAGCGACUGAGAGAGAGUGGGGUCGUGGCUGGUCCCCUGGUCGCGCAGGUGAAGGGGAUAUCGGCCGAGCUCGAGGCCGCGGUGCGCGCCGCCAAGCAGCCGACAGGAACGCAGUACACCGAGCCGACGAAAUUGAUCAGUUGUGCGCGAGGUAGCGGCGCACCGGAUACCAGCUUCGUCGCCGUCUUCGUCAUGAACUGCGCCACCCUCGUCCUCGUUGCCGGCACCCUUGCCUACGCCGAGGCGGCGAGCUUCCUCCCCGGCGCGCCCAGCUGCCCCGACCCCCACGGCGUCUUCGCCUACGCCCAUCCGGAGGACUGCCAUGCGUUCUUCCUCUGCACCAACGGCACCCUGACGCUCGAGCGCUGCGAGAACGGACUGCUGUUCGACGGCCACGGCGCGGUGCACAACCACUGCAACUACAACUGGGCCGUGGACUGCGGCAAGCGCUUCGUCGACCCCACUCCGCUGAGCUCGGCGGCCUGCGAGUACCAGUUCGGCAUCUACCCGGACAGCGACUCGUGCAGCACCACCUACACCAAGUGCGCCUACGGCGAGCCUCACCAGGCCCACUGCGACCCUGGCCUCGCCUACGACCACAAAAGCCACACUUGCGUCUGGCCCGACCAACUGAUACCCCUCUGUAACCCCGAGGCCGUCGUCGGCUUCAAGUGUCCCAGUCAUCCGCCCAACGGCGCCGCCGCCAGAUUCUGGCCGUUCCCCAGGUUCCCGGUGCCGGGCGACUGCGGUCGCCUCGUUACCUGCGUCGAGGGACACCCGCGGCUCGUCACUUGCGGCGACGACAAGCUCUUCGAUUCCGAGACGCUCAGCUGCCUGGACCAGGACGAGCUGCCUCACUGCGCAUAAAGGCCAACCCGAACGCAACGCGAACAGUCGGGAGAAAUUUCGCGGCUACGCCGGAUGGGCUUUUUUCGUGACAGCGUCGGACUCGUAUCAAUGGGAGAAAUUUCGCGAAAGCGUGGCACCUGGACUCGUUCCCAGAGUUCGCUUGUAA